GAGAUCCAGUCUCUGCUUAAAGAGUUAGGUUUAAACCCAAGCUUCCUGCUCUAAAAUCAUAAACAGAUAGAGAGAGAUUGACAAAAUGAAGGUGGAGCUGGUGGUGGUGGUGGUGGUUGCUGCGGCGGCGCUGCUUACCGGAGAAGCUGUGUGGCUGGAAUUGCCGAGUGCGGGGACCAAGUGUGUGUCGGAGGAUAUCCAAAGUAAGGUAGUGGUUUUAGCGGAUUACUACGUAAUCGGCAACGAGGAACACGCCACCGCUAAUGUCGCCCCCACCAUCUCCGUCAAGGUGACAUCGCCAUAUGGAAACAAUCUCCACCAUGAAGAGAACGCCACACACGGCCAGUUUGCCUUUACGACAGCUGAGGCUGGCGACUACUUGGCGUGCUUCUGGAUGGCGACGCAUCCCCCGGGGGGUAAGGGUGCAACUAUAGGUCUUGACUGGAAAACGGGAAUUGCUGCCAAGGAUUGGGAUUCAGUUGCAAAGAAAGAGAAAAUACAAGGUCUUGAACUUGAGUUGAUGAAGCUCGAAGAAAUGGUGCAAGCCAUCCACGCAAAUUUACUUUAUAUGAAAGCUAGGGAAGCAGAGAUGAGGGAGGUGAGUGAGAAAACCAAUGGGAGAGUGGCUCGGUUUAGUAUAUUUUCCCUUGGUGUCUGCAUCUUUGUUUCACUUGUGCAAAUAUGGCAUUUGAAGCGCUUUUUCCACAAGAAAAAACUCAUCUAAACUUUCAGUUUUUACCUUUACAAAUAGAGAACAUCAAAGGUAGGCCCUUUUUGUACCAUUACAAAUAUAUAUAUGUAUUUUCUCUAAUAACAUCUUUUGAUUGGAUUCGGGUGAGUGAUAAUAAAUUUGUACUUUACUAAACAAAAA